AUGUCCUCGCAGACGGAGCUCCAGUACCUCACCCCGCGCACCGCGCAGGUCCCGAUCUCGGCCCCGCCCCUCCGUGGCCCGCACUCGGCGGCUGAGUCCGGUACCGGUACCAUCAGCGGCGUCCGCGACUCGCACGACGAAGGCCAAGAGUUCCCCUCGCUCCCGCCCGUCGACGGCGGCAGGCAGGCCUGGCUCUUCCUCGCCGCCUGCUUCGCCAUCGAGAUGCUCGUCUGGGGCUUCCCCUUCGCCUUUGGCGUCUUCCAGAACCACUACUCGACGAACCCGCCGUUCGCGGGGCAGCCCAACAUUGCCGUCAUCGGCACCUGUGCCAUGGGCAUCAUGUACCUCUCCGGCCCCGUCGUGAUCGGCCUCCUCCGCCUCUUCCCCCGCGAGUCCCGCCACGCGCCGAUCCUCGGCCUGGUCGUCAUGUGCGUCGCCCUCGCCGCGUCUUCCUUCUCCCGCACCGUUACCCACCUCAUCGUCACCCAGGGCGUCUUUUACGGCAUCGGCGGCGCCGUCGCCUACUGCCCCUGCAUCCUCUACAUCGAUGAGUGGUUUGUCCGGCGAAAGGGCUUUGCUUACGGCAUAAUGUGGUCCGGAACGGGCCUCGCCGGCGUCGUGCUCCCGCUGUUGAUGGAGUACCUCCUCGGCCACGUGGGCUUCCGCACGACCCUCCGCCUGUGGUCCGGCCUGCUCUUCGCCCUCACGGCGCCGCUGGCCUUCUUCAUCAAGCCGAGACUGCCCGUCUCCCAGGCGACGCACGCGCGCCCGUUCAGCAACCUGCGCUUCAUGCUGUGCCGCCCCUUCGCGCUGUACCAGGUCGCCAGCAUCGUCGAGGCGCUCGGCUUCUUCCUGCCGGGCAUCUACCUGCCCUCCGCGGGAGCGACCGCCGGCACAUUCCUCGCGUGGGGGUUCUCGUCGAACCUCGGCGUACUCUACGUCUUCUGCGUCGUGUACGGGCUGUUUGCCGGGGCGUACACGUCGGCGUGGCCGGGUAUCAUGAAGGCCGUGGUGGAGCACGAGCGGGAGCGGGAGCGCGGCGUCGAUCCGAGCAUGGUGUUUGGCAUGCUGGCUGCGGGGCGGGGGGUCGGGAACGUCAUCUCGGGCCCCCUGAGCGAGGCCCUGAUCAAGGGCGCCCCGUGGAAGGGGGAGGCCGGGUUCGGGUAUGGCAGCGGCUACGGGACGUUGAUUGUGUUCACGGGCGUUACUGCUCUCAUGGGGGGAGCCAGCUUUGCGUGGAAGAGAGUGAGGUAG